ACCCAGCAAGCUCCUUCAGCUGCAUUAUAUUCACUCUUCUUCCAAACAAGGUACAUAUAUACUGCUGAAAGAUGUCCACUCUCCUGGAAAACAUCACUGGCAUGAUUGAAAUAUUCCAGCAAUACUCAAACAACGAUAAGGAAACAGAAACUCUGAGCAAAAAAGAGCUGAAGGAACUUCUGGAAGUAGAAUUACGGGCAGUCUUGAAGAAUCCAGAUGACGAAGAUAUUGCAGAUGUCUUCAUGCAAAUCUUAGAUAUAGACCAUAAUGAAAAAAUAGACUUCACUGAGUAUUUACUGAUGGUGGUGAAGUUGGCUCAAGCAUAUUAUGAGUCAUCUCAGAACAAAAGUCUUCAAACUGGAUCAAAGAGAAGGAGUAAAAGUCAUCACAAAAGAGUAGGAGAAGAUGGAGAAGAAGAAGAAGAAAAAGAAGAAGAAAGAAGACACAGAUCAAGCCAUAGGAGAUCCGAGGGAAAGGAAAAAAAAGAGAGCUCAAGAAGCCCAAGAGGGAGAGGGGAAAAAAGACAUGGAUCAGGCUGUGAAAAAUCAGAAUAGGGACAGAACUACGCACAGAGACACCGAAAAACAUGGAAAACACCACAGUUCAACUGGAAAGCAACGGGGAGGAUCUAAUUCAACUGAAAGAGGUGCGAGAGGUAAGAAAGAAAGAAGAUCAAAGGGGAGAAAAGACACAAAAUAUGAUGCCAUAAAUAACGAAAACAAAAAAGAAGAAGAGUGGGGGGAAAGCUGUGCUGAAUAUUAUUAUGAAAUCGAGCAUAGCGAAAGUGAAGAGAGAGAAGGAAAAAGAAACUCUAAGAGGGAUAAAUCUGGCCGAGAACAGUCUCCAGACAGCCCUAGGCAGUCCAGUUCCCGUCAGAGGAGCGAGUCUCCCCGGACCAGCACAAGAACAGGACACAGAGGAACACACCAGUCCCCAGCCGGCCAGCAGUCAACCGAUGGUCACAGGCAAGCCACUUCCAGGAGGGGGAGACACCAGGAGGACAGUGCCAGCCAGGCCAGUGACAGCGAGGGACACUCAGAAGUCGAAGUCCGGCACAGGGAGGCACCAGGAACCCACGGGAGGACCGGGUCCGGCUCAGGCGUCCAGCGGGCAUCCAGCAGCGGUGGCCAGGCACAUGACAACGUCAGGCACUCGGGGCCCCGUCAAAGCCAGGCAUCUGGCCAGGGGCAAGGACGGUCCGAGUCAGGAUCAAGCACCAGGGAAGCACGAGGGAACCGUGGACACGGCCACUCUGCUGACAGCUCCGCGACCUCCCGGACUGCUCACACACGAGGCCAAGCCACCUCUGCUGAACGCAGACAUCAGAGGCCCAGCGAGAGUCAGGCCAGUGACAGCGAAGGCCACUCCGAAGCCUCCCAAGGUCACGCAGUGGGAGCCCACGGUGGGUCUGGAGCCAGCCAGAGGCAGGAGCAGACAUCCUCUCGAGGCCAGCAUGGCUCUGGACACUACCAGGUGUACUACUACGAGCAGGAACACCCCGAGUCUGGACACAGACAGCAGAGGUCCAGUGGCAGGGCUCCGCAGGGGUCCGGCCCAGAACAAGGAAGGGACAGCCACAGGAUCGGACGCUCUCACGAAGGACAGAGCUCCUCUGACGUCCAGGCUAGAGUCUCUCGAGGAAGGUCCGGAACCAGUGUUAGAGGGGGGCAGGGGUCCCCCGCAACGGACAGCUCUGAGGACCACCAGUCCACAAGGGGCCAUGAAGACAUCCACAGCGCCGCUGGACGCUCGCGAACCAAUCAAGGCCAGGUAGUCUCCCACACUGGGAACGACACCUCCCAUGGUCAGGCAGAGGGCAGGGGCAGGGCUAGCAGGCACCCAGCCGGCCAAGAACAGGCUCCAGACAGCCCUAGGCAGUCCGGUUCCCGUCAGAGGAGCGAGUCUCCCCAGACCAGCACAAGAACAGGACACAGAGGAACACACCAGUCCCCAGCCGGCCAGCAGUCAACCGAUGGUCACAGGCAAGCCACUUCCAGGAGGGGCAGACACCAGGAGGACAGCGCCAGCCAGGCCAGUGACAGCGAGGGACACUCAGAAGUCGAAGUCAGGCACAGGCAGGCCCCAGAGACCCACGGGAGGACCAGGUCCGGCUCAGGGGUCCAGCGGGCAUCCAGCAGCGGUGGCCAGGCAGCUGACAACGUCAGGCACUCAGGGACCCGUCAAAGCCAGGCAUCCCUGCAGGGGCAAAGACGGUCCGAGUCAGGAUCCCGCACCAGGGAAGCACGAGGAAACCGUGGACACGGCCACUCUGCUGACAGCUCCGGGACCUCCCGGACUGCUCACACACGAGGCCAAGCCACCUCUGCUGAACGCAGACAUCAGAGGCCCAGCGAGAGUCAGGCCAGCGACAGUGAAGGCCAUUACGAAGCCUCCCAAGGUCACGAAGUGGGAGCCCACGGUGGGUCUGGAGCCAGCCACAGGCACGAGCAGACAUCCUCUCGAGGCCAGCAUGGCUCUGGAAACUACCAGGUGUACUACUACUACGAGCAGGAACACCCCGAGUCUGGACACAGACAGCAGAGGACCAGUGGCAGGGCUCCACAGGGGUCCGGCCCAGAACAAGGAAGGGACAGCCACAGGAUCGGGCGCUCUCACGAAGGACAGAGCUCCUCUGACGUCCAGGCUAGAGCCUCCAGAGGAAGGUCUGGAACCAGUGCUAGAGGGGGGCAGGGGUCCUCCGCAACGGACAGCUCUGAGCACCACCAGUCCACAAGGGGCCAUGAAGACAUCCACGGCGCCUCUGGACGCUCGCGCACAAGGCAAGACCAGGUAGCCGCCCACACUGGGAACGACACCUCCCAUGGUCAGGCAGAGGGCAGAGGCAGGGCUAGCAGGCAACCAGCCGGCCGAGAACAGUCUCCAGACAGCCCUAGGCAGUCCAGUUCCCGUCAGAGGAGCGAGUCUCCCCAGACCAGCACAAGAACAGGACACAGAGGAACACACCAGUCCCCAGCCGGCCAGCAGUCAACCGAUGGUCACAGGCAAGUCACUUCCAGGAGAGGUAGAGACCAGGAGGAUAGCGCCAGCCAGGCCAGUGACAGCGAGGGACACUCAGAAGUCGAAGUCAGGCACAGGCAGGCCCCAGGGACCCACGGGAGGACCGGGUCCGGCUCAGGGGUCCAGCGGGCAUCCAGCAGCGGUGGCCAGGCAGCUGACAACGUCAGGCACUCGGGGAACCGUCAAAGCCAGGUAUCCGUGCAGGGGCAAAGACGGUCCGAGUCAGGAUCCCGCACCAGGGAAGCACGAGGGAACCGUGGACACGGCCACUCUGCUGACAGCUCCGGCACCUCCCGGACUGCUCACGCACGAGGCCAAGCCACCUCUGCUGAACGCAGACAUCAGAGGCCCAGCGAGAGUCAGGCCAGCGACAGCGAAGGCCACUCCGAAGCCUCAGAAGGCCACACAGUGGGAGCCCACGGUGGGUCUGGAGCCAGCCAGAGGCAGGAGCAGACAUCCUCUCGAGGCCAGCAUGGCUCUGGACACUACCAGGUGUACUACUACGAGCAGGAACACCCUGAGUCUGGACACAGAAAGCAGAAGUCCAGUGGCAGGGCUCCACAGGGGUCCGGCCCAGAACAAGGAAGGGACAGCCACAGGAUCGGACGCUCUCACGAAGGACAGAGCUCCUCUGACGUCCAGGCUAGAGUCUCCCGAGGAAGGUCCGGAACCAGUGUUAGAGGGUGGCAGGGGUCCCCCGCAACGGACAGCUCUGAGGACCACCAGUCCACAAGGGGCCACGAAGACAUCCACAGCCCCGCUGGACGCUCACGAACCAGGCAAGGCCAGGUAGUCUCCCACACUGGGAACGACACCUCGAAUGGUCAGGCAGAGAGCAGGGGCAGGGCUAGCAGGCACCCAGCCGGCCAAGAACAGUCUCCAGACAGCCCUAGGCAGUCCGGUUCCCGUCAGAGGAGCGAGUCUCCCCAGACCAGCACAAGAACAGGACACAGAAGAACACACCAGUCCCCAGCCGGCCAGCAGUCAACCGAUGGUCACAAGCAAGCCACUUCCAGGAGGGGCAGACACCAGGAGGACAGCGCCAGCCAGGCCAGUGACAGCGAGGGACACUCAGAAGUCGAAGUCAGGCACAGGCAGGCCCCAGAGACCCACGGGAGGACCAGGUCCGGCUCAGGGGUCCAGCGGGAAUCCAGCAGCGGUGGCCAGGCAGCUGACAACGUCAGGCACUCGGGGACCCGUCAAAGCCAGGCAUCCGUGCAGGGGCAAAGACGGUCCGAGUCAGGAUCCCGCACCAGGGAAGCACGAGGGAACCGUGGACACGGCCACUCUGCUGACAGCUCCGGCACCUCCCGGACUGCUCACGCACAAGGCCAAGCCACCUCUGCUGAACGCAGACAUCAGAGGCCCAGCGAGAGUCAGGCCAGCGACAGCGAAGGCCAGGCAGUGGGAGUCCACGGUGGGUCUGGAGCCAGCCAGAGGCACGAGCAGACAUCCUCUCGAGGCCAGCAUGGCUCUGGACACUACCAGGUGUACUACUACGAGCAGGAACACCCUGAGUCUGGACACAGACAGCAGAGGACCAGUGGCAGGGCUCCUCAGGGGUCCGGCCCAGAACAAGGAAGGGACAGCCACGGGAUCGGACGCUCUCACGAAGGACAGAGCUCCUCUGACGUCCAGGCUAGAGUCUCUCGAGGAAGGUCCGGAACCAGUGCUAGAGCGGACAGCUCUGAGGACCACCAGUCCACAAGGGGCCACGAAGACAUCCAUGGCGCCGCUGGACGCUCGCGAACCAGGCAAGGCCAGGUAGUCUCCCACACUGGGAACGACACCUCCCAUGGUCAGGCAGAGGGCAGAGGCAGGGCUAGCUGGCACCCAGCCGGCCGAGAACAGUCUCCAGACAGCCCUAGGCAGUCCGGUUCCCGUCAGAGGAGCGAGUCUCCCCAGACCAGCACAAGAACAGGACACAGAGGAACACACCAGUCCCCAGCUGGCCAGCAGUCAACCGAUGGUCACAGGCAAGCCACUUCCAGGAGGGGCAGACACCAGGAGGACAGCGCCAGCCAGGCCAGUGACAGCGAGGGCCACUCAGAAGUCCAAGUCGGGCACAGGCAGGCCCCAGAGACCCACGGGAGGACGGGGACCGGCUCAGGCGUCCAGCGGGCAUCCAGCAGCGGUGGCCAGGCACAUGACAACGUCAGGCACUCGGGGGCCCGUCAAAGCCAGGCAUCCAGCCAGGGACACGGACGGUCUGAGUCAGGAUCCCGCACCAGAGAAGCACGAGGGAACCGUGGACACGGCCACUCUGCUGACAGCUCCGCGACCUCCCGGACUGCUCACACACGAGGCCAAGCCACCUCUGCUGAACGCAGACAUCAGAGGCCCAGCGAGAGUCAGGCCAGCGACAGCGAAGGCCACUCCGAAGCCUCAGAAGGCCACGCAGUGGGAGCCCACGGUGGGUCUGGAGCCAGCCAGAGGCAGGAGCAGACAUCCUCUCGAGGCCAGCAUGGCUCUGGACACUACCAGGUGUACUACUACGAGCAGGAACACCCCGAGUCUGGACACAGACAGCAGAAGUCCAGUGGCAGGGCUCCGCAGGGGUCGGCCCAGAACAAGGAAGGGACAGCCACAGGAUCGGACGCUCUCACGAAGGACAGAGCUCCUCUGACGUCCAGGCUAGAGCCUCCAGAGGAAGGUCCGGAAUCAGUGCUAGAGGGGGACAGGGGUCCCACGUAA